AUGCAACUAUCGUGCAAUUACUGCACUGCAUUGCGCAAACAUCACUUACAAGCAACGGCCGCGAUACACCAAGCGGCCAUCUACUACAGUCGCCGCGCAGCUACCAUGCAGCCAUCGCGAAGCCACCGCGCAGUCGCCGCAAAGCCGCUCUGCAGUCGCCGCCCAGUUGCUGCGCUGCCUGUUCGGCUUUACGCCGCAUCGGCGACGGUCGUCUAA